GAUAGUGGAAAUAUUAUUCAGACUGGUGUUUUACAAAAGUAAUCAAAAUUUAUUUGUCUAAUAGUAUCAUUAAAUUAACUUGUUCUAAACAAGUACUGGGUGUUGCUGUACGGUUCGUUUUCAAACCGUUCCGCGGGCACAUUCGCACGAUGGCAGAUCAGUCUGUGUCAGUCGACGAAUACUUCGAGUCGGCGCUGUCUUUGGUGAAAACUUGCGGAAACCUUAUAAAAGAUCAUAUUACUGGAUGCAAGGACUUCGUAUUCAAGUCGUGUGAUAUCGAUUUAGUAACAGAAAUAGAUAGAAAGGUAGAAGAAACUUUGGUGGGAGGGAUUUCAAAAUUAUAUCCCGAUCAUAAGUUUAUCGGCGAGGAAGCGGUGUCUGAUGGCGCUAAAUGCGAGCUAACUGAUGCGCCCACAUGGGUGAUAGAUCCCGUCGACGGAACUAUGAAUUUUGUCCACGGUUUUCCACACAGCUGCAUCUCUUUGGGACUUCUUAUCAACAAGGAGGCAGUAGCUGGUAUUGUAUACAAUCCUAUCCUGGAGCAGUUGUUCACAGCAAAGAAAGGUAAAGGUGCGUUUUAUAACGGCCGACAGAUACAUGUGUCUCAAAUUAAGGAGUUGAGUAAAGCCUUGAUCAUGACAGAGGCUGGUACAAGCCGGGACCCUGAAAGACAGAAAGUUCUUUUUGAGAACUUUAAAAUGAUAAUUACUAAGGCCCAUGGCAUUAGAACCUUGGGUUCUGCUGCCUUGAAUAUGUGCAUGGUGGCACUGGGAGGGGCUGAUCUUAACUUUGAGUUUGGUAUUCAUGCCUGGGAUAUAGCUGCGGGUGACAUUAUAGUCCGUGAAGCAGGUGGCGUCUGUAUUGAUCCCGCGGGAGGGCCUUUUGAUGUUCUAUCUCGUAGGGUCUUGUGUGCAAGCACUGAAGAGCUGGCACAAGAAAUGGCCAAAAAUUUGUGCCAAUUUUAUCCUGAGAGAGAUUAAA